AUGCUGGGGGGGCGCGGUGGGCCCACACCAUGGGGGCAGCCUGAGGGAACAGCACCCUGCCAUGUACGCCUUGUUGCGGGCACAGCCUGGCAGAGCACGGGGACGGGGGGCAAGGGUAGUUUCGUGGGCGCCCUGUGUCUCUUGUGUUAUGAUAUCAGUCGUAAGUGUCUGGGUUGGCAACCUUGGUCUUGCAAGGUGGUCUGUGUGACCACGGGUGCAGCGGGUGCGGUUCCAGGCUCAGGGUCGUCCGAAACCGAGACGUGCCGGCUCACAGCCGUAACAAUUGUUCAAACAGGCGGUCUGGGGUGUGUGUCUUUCACUGUGCGGGCGGUAGGUAGUGCUAGUUUGAGUUGUGUUGGGUGUAUUGUUGCCCAGUGGAGGCGUGUACCUGUGGGUAGUGUGAGUUUCUACCUUGAGGAUGGUUCUUCCACCAUGUGAAGUUAUACAUGUGUUGUAGCCUGCUCAUUGACGCGAUCUAAUCUAAUCUAUGGGUUUGUGAGUAUUAUCCAGUGUUCGUGCACGGCCGGGCCUUCAGCUAACUGCCUCACUUCCUCCCCUUCGUAUCGUGAUCAAUGUAAAUUACUAGUGUGGUGGUAGUGGCACUUUUUUUUUUUCCUUUCCAGCCCCCCUAAUGUAUGAGCGUUAUCUACCUCACAUUUCCUCUCUGAUCCCCUGUGUGUGCUCCUCAUCUCUUGUCUCGUCUCCCUGCCAUGAAUGUGUCUACCCCUCUGCAGGUGGUCCGGUGGGGGGGGGUGGUGUAUGUGCGGGUUGAGUCUGUGGGUAUUGGCUGCUUGCUACUUAUCUGUCGUCUGUGGGCUUUUGACUACCCAUGCCUAGUAAGUCAUUAGGGGCAGAAUGCUUUUUCUAGGUGCAUGGUGCAGAAAGGGACACAGUAUGCGAUAGAGAGCAAGUGAUCCACUUGAGAGUGGCCCUGAGGUGUGCCAUGCAGACAAUGAUCUUGCGUAUAACCAGGAAUUAGAGCGUAAUUAUAUAGUACGUUGUCAGUGUUCAACAUGUUUGAGUCUAUGAAUUCUACUUCCAAGUACUAUCUAUGGGGAGCUUUAAGUGAUUUCCUGGGAUUUUUCUUACUGUUUGUAAGUGUGCAAACUGCUAGCUUCAGCAUUAGAUUUAAAAGUAGUUAGACCUUGCAACUCAGGAUUGCUUCUUCGUGGCUACAACAGGAUUAUCAUCCCUGUCUGCUUCUAAUCUCUUGUCUGUGUCAGGGAAACACAACGAUAGAAUGGUAACAAUGUGCGUUUAAGGAGUGUAUCCUGAUCUGCGCUUAUUUCUGAUAUAUGUAAGCAGGAAUGUAGCUGUCGAAACUAUUCCCCGUUAUAUGAUAUAGGAAAUAAGAAUUACAGAUCCAAACUAUGACAGCAUUAACAAAGUACUGAGGCUUUUUAGUCCUCAGGAACCAUCUAACAUACCACAGAAGCCUAACGUAUAUGAUACUUCCCUAAUAAGCAGGCAGAGGGUCAGCCUUUACCAAGGAUUGUGUUGCCUUGUUCUCAUUUUGAAGUACUAUGUCAUGGGGGUUGUGGAUGGUGGCUGUUCGUCAGGGGCCUAGUGCUCCCCGGGGGGACCCUAUUCCGAGGCCUUAGGUGUGAUGUCUAUAUUUAUCGGGCGUAUUCUGUCCCCGGGUACCCCAAUCAUGUGUUAUAUCCCUCCCAUCAUGCAGUCCCAUCCGUGAAUGUCCCCUUCCUUUUGUCCUUGUCCCCUUUUGCGGCUUGGUUCUGGUUGCCCGUGUCUGAGCAGGUAGGCUAUUAGGGCCCUGGCACCCGUGUGGCCGGUGUCCCCCCACCCCCGGGUCCCCUCUCCCAAAUGGUAAAUUGGCAUAGUGCCCCUUUCUUUUGGGAUUAUCCGGGGCAGGGUGGUGUUCAUGUAGCUUACCGAGAUUCAGAGUUCUCGGUGGAGGGUGUUGGUUGGUGCGGCAUGCUGUUUGAAAUCAGGACCGUGGUGAGGUUUUUCUCGCUCGGUGUGAUGUCGGGGAGUUGUGUGGUCUGUGCUGGGCCUGGCUUUACGGCGAUGCAGUGUGUAGUUACUCUUCAGGUUGGGCAAAAUCCAGCCUCCAGUUGCGCUCCGGCUGGGCUUCGGGCUGACACCAGUUCGUUUUGAUGGCGAACAUUGAUGCUGAAGGGGUAUUCCCACCUGUAUGUGAUGUUUCUGUGCCGCAAUGCUGUUGUCACUGGUCUCAAGGCGCAUCUGGCGUCAAGGGUUAGUGGUGACAGGUCGUUGUAGAGGGUGACCUCUGCGUCUCUGUAUGCCCAGUGGGUGCGGGAGAGAACCUUCUGCAUUAUCUGUUCCUUAAGUGGGAAGGAGUAGAUGCAGCAUACUAUAUCACGUGGUGCGCCGUCUGCCAUACGCGGUCUGAGGGCUCUGUGCGCCCUGUCGAUUCUGAAGUGGUCUGGUGCAUCUUCACGGAGGAAGAUGCGGAAGAGCUGGGUGAGGGUUUCUGCCACAUUUUCCCCUGAGCUGUCUGCCUCCAGUACUCUGCGCACCCUUAUGUUGUUGCGGCGGUCCCUGUUGUCGGGAACUUCCAGGUGCCACCGCAUCGCCAGCAGUAGGUCUCCCUGUCAGUGAAUGGUGGUGUCUGUGGCCUUGAGUUGUUUCUCAGCAUUGUCUGCGCGUUGCUCCACAUCGGUUAUGCAUGUGUCGUGGAGUGUGAUGUCUGCUUUGAUGCCCGCCAUUUCAGUUUUCAACGCUGUGUGCAGGGUGUCGGAAGCCCGAUUAAGGACUUCUUUUGUGACCAAAAGGGCUCAAUUCUGCCCCGAAGUCUGCCAGAGUAACCUGUUCCCUGCCUGAACACGUGGAAGCGGGGGAUGUCGGCGCCCUAUUGGGCGCGAAGGCCUCUUGUGAGUUACCAGCCGGUGUGCCUAGGAAUUCGGACCCGUUUGUGCGUGCGGCUUCUUGUUCCUGGAGGUCUGUGUGCCUAGGAAUUUGUCCAUCUGACCUGUUUGUGAGUGCGGCUUCUUGUUCCUGGAGGUCUUGCCUCUUUGUCCUUCCCAUUUAUGUGCGGGUUUUAGGCUUCAGCACGCUGAUUGCUGCUGGGUGGUGUGGAGCCGAGGGAUUAAGCAGCCGCCAUGAUCGGAGUCCAGGACAUGCCCCUGGUUUGUAAUUUUUAUUCAGAUUUUAUCUCAAUACUCUGGAAUUGGUUCAAAAUAUUCAUUAGAACUGAGUAAAUUUCCUUAAAACAUAAUCUUUAAAAGUGGGGGAAUGUGCUAUUUGUUAUAUUCAGUAUUCUGCUAUUUCAUCCCUUGGGAACCUGGAGUUUGGUAAUCCCUUUAAUAUAUGUCAGGGGCAGCAUGCUUUUGGUUUUUAAGGGGUUAAGGAUCAGAAUUUCCCAUAGAUUCCCCUGUUGUGAGGGGAACUUUAUAAUUUCCUUUCUGCAAUAAAAAUUAUUAUUUUAGGCUCAUAUGCUCCAUGUAACUUUGAUGCUGGGUAUUGCAAGUAUUUUAAUUGACUUUGGUCAAUUAAAGGUCUUUCCUGUCCCCAGAUGAUUCUACCAAGUUUACUAUUUCAAGUAAAAUUCACCUGCUACCAAAACAAUAGAAAUCCCUGAACAUAACGUUCCAUUACGGACCUCUGUUCUGAUAUUCAUUCAUGGGGAUUCUUCAAGGUGUCCUAAUUUUUGGAAAAUGCAACAAAUGUGUGGCUUUAAGCUGUUUAAUUCUCCAAACAUUUGGCUGAUAUGUUUUACAUGGUCUAUGUACCUAGAUCUGUGUAAGUGAUGGUCACUCCUAACAUUGCAUUGAUCUAAUACUUGUGGAUUAUAUGCUUGGAUUUGUGUUGAAAUCUUUGCAGAUAAAACAAGCUGCAGAAAGAUCUUAUUAUCACCAUAUGUUCUGACAUAAGUACUUCAUUACUAUAUGAAGAUGAGUUCAGAGUAAGUAUUCGGUUGUUUGUUCUCAUAAGGAUAACUGAAUAUCUUCUGCUAUCCUGCUUAUUAUGUGUCUGUUGCCACAAUGGAUCAUGUGCCUCUGGUUACCACCUUCUCAUUGUAUCCUGUCUAUUACAUAUCUCCUACUUAUAUUGCACAACAGUGUUUGGCAUAAUCUGCACUAUUUAUAAUCUGUAUAUCUUUGAAUGUAGGUACUGACAUGGUUGGCCUACAUUGCCUACUUAUAAUUUAGUAGUUCCACAAAUUCUGUGAUUCAUACUGAUAUUUUGUUUUUUAACUAAUCUGUAUGAUAUGAUUUUUUUUGCCUUUGCCUAUUAAUAUCUAUUUGUGUUAUUGGUUUCUACCUCUCCUGUAACUGAUCAUUACUGUAUCAAUUUAUUUAACCAUACAACACUGUUGUAAUCAUGUAAGUUACUGAAGACCAGGAAAAGGCAGAAAUGUUAAAUAGCUAUUUUUUAUCAGUAUAUAUUAAAGAGGAUCAUAUGAUAAGAGAAAUGCAUAUGGUUGCAGCAAAAAAACUUUGAUUGAAUGACUCAAGAAAAGGUGCUACAGCAGCUAAAGAAAGUUAAUGUAAACAAAGCUCUGGGUUCUGGGGCUUAACAGUAUUCAACCACAAGUACUUAAGGAGCUAAGUGUGGAAAUAAGUGAACCUCUGUAUUAAAUGCUUCAAGAUUAUUUUCUUUCAGGAAAUGUACUGGAGAAUUGGAGGAAGGCAGAUGUUGUUACUAUAUUAAAAAAGUGUUGAAAAUCUUUGCCUGGAAAUUAUAGACCUGUGAGCUUAACUUCUGUGGCUGGGAAAGUAUUUGAAGGGUUAUUAAGGGAUAGUAUUCUUGAAUUAAUUGGGAGGAGCAGUGUUAUUAGCAAUAAUCAGCAUGGUUAUAUGAAACAUAGGUCAUGUCAAACUUACCUAAUUGCAUUCUAUGAAGAAGUAACUAGAAGUAUAAAUCAGGGUGUUGCAGUGGACGUGAUCUACUUGGAUUUUGCCAAAGGAUUUGAUACGGUUCCUCACAAUAGGUUAAUGUUCCAACUAAAAGAAAUUGGCCUAGAUGAAAAAGUUUGUUCAUAGGUAGAACAUUGGCUUAAAAAUAGAGCAGAGAGAGUUGUCACUAAUGGUAAAUUUUCAAGCUGGACAGAUGUGGUAAGUGGUGUUACUCUGGGUUCUGUUCUGGGAUAGCUUCUAUUUAACAUAUUUAUAAAUGACCUCGAAAUAGGCAUUAAAAGCCAUGCAUCAGUCUGGAUUCCGCGCUCGUCAUUCUGUUGAAACGGCUGUGACCAAAGUAUCCAACUAUUUAAUUUCUGCUAAAUCUCUCGGCCAUUACUCUAUCCUAAUUCUCCUUGAUCAUUAUGCUGUCUCUGUCACUGUUGUUCAUUAACAGCUUCUUCUCAUUCUCCAUUAUCUUGGUCUACUGGAUACUGCUCUCUCCUGUUGCUCCUCCUACCUCGCCCAGGGCUUGUUCAGUGUUUCAUUCUCUGGCCCUGCCUUCUCAACAACCCCACUCUUUUGGCAUUUCCCAAGGUUCUGUCCUUGGUCACCUACUGUUCUCUAUCUAUACUGCCUCCCUUGGUAAACUCAUAAGCUCCUUUGGCUUCCAUUAUCAUUUAGAUGUGGAUGACACGCAAAUCUACCUGUUGUCUGUUGAACUCUCUUCACCCAUCUUGACUCAUGUUUCUGACUGCCUCUCUGCUAUUUCCAACUGGAUGGCUGCUCACUUCCUCAAACUCAAGCUAUCCAAAACAUAACUCCUGAUAUUUCCUCCCUCAAGUGUUGAUACUCCUGUGUCUAUCUCCCUCCAAGUCAAUGGCGUUACCAUCACCUCUACCUUGCUGACUCACUGCCUAGGUGUUCUCUUUGGCUCCAACCUCUCCUUCACCCCUCAUGUUCAGCCAAUCACCAAAUUUUGCCACUUCCAUCUCAAAAACAUAGAGCACAUCUGCCCAUAUUUAACGCCGGGCGCGGCUAAGGUGCUGAGCCAUGCCAUUGUUUUCUCUUGCCUUGACUACUGCAAUCCCCUUCUCAGUGGUCUUACAUGUUCCCAGCUUGCACUGUUGCAAUCUAUCGUGAAUGCAGCGGGGAGGCUCAUCUUCCUUUAUGCCCGCACCUACCACGACUCCUCCCUCAGUCCCUACAAUGGCUUCCCAUAAGAUAUAGGGCUCAAUGUAAGAUUCUGGUGCUUGCUUACAAGUCUUCACAAAAUGCUGCUCCAACUUACCUAUCCUCACUAAUACACAAGUAUGUCCCAUCUAGGCUUCUGAGCUCUGCCGAAGACCUACAUCUAUCCUCUGUCUGUACUCCCACCUCUUAUGCUUGACUUCAAGACUUCUCCAGGGCUACAUCUUUUCUGUGGAACACCCUUACCUUAUCCAUUAGACUUUCACCCAGUCUCCAUUCCUUCAAAAAAAACAUUGAAAACUCACUUCUUCAGGAAAGCGUUUCAAGUAAACUGUUAACAGCUUUUUUCAUCCCCACACCCUGACUCCUCUCCUGCAACUGACAAACAUAACCUACUAAGCCCUCAUUGGAUACUUUUCUAGCAAUCUACAUUGAUACCCCUACUUUUACCCCUUGUGUCACUAUACCCCACUCUCUGUAGCAUGCAAGCUCAUUGAGCAGGGCCCGCAACCCCUCUGUUUCUAUGUGUCCAACUUGUCUUGUUACAACUACGUGUCUAUUAGUCCACCCAUUGUACAGUGCUAUAAAACUUGCUGGUGCUAUAAAAAAUGAAUAAAAAAUAAAAAGAAAGCUUGGUUGUAUUAGACAUUCUUGAUAUAAUAGUUCUUGUAAUUCCAGAGGUAUAUGCAAAACAUAAAGAGAAGGGAACUCCAAUGGCACAGUAUAAAGUAAAAAAUAUAGUGUAUAAAAAUAAUUCUGGAUAGUAUAUUACUCACAUUUACCAGAGCUAUAUCCUGCUCUGGUAUGUAUAGCGUGAAGUGGAAUGAUCCCUACUUCUAUGGUAUGUAUAUGUAUGGUAGGUGUUGCUUCCAGAUAUUCCCAAUAUUGGCAGUUUCACACCGGAAAGAGAGAGAAAGUAGCAAAUAUAGUGCUCAUUGUAUAAAAUCACAAUAAAUUAUUGUAGAGGAGAUGUACUCACACUUUUUAGAGCAGGCUAACUGCUCGAUGAAUUGAGCGCUGGUGGUAUAAUCCCCAUCUAGGAUUCUUUGGUUCUCGGUUGGAGUGAUGAAUUCAGGAUGCCAGGUAUAAAAGGUAUUAAAAAUAUAUUUUAUUGGUACAAAAAUAUAUAAAAUAAUCUACAACGUGUUUCGCCUUGCAAGGCUUUUUCAAGUAGAUAAAAACAGAUACAAAUCUGUUUUUAAAAAUCAGCUUUAAAACCUGUUAGAUGUCUUCAUCACUUCAUCACUUCAUCACUCAAUUCCCACAGAAAGGACAGACCCUGUCAAAAUGCUAGCUUCAUUCAUUCUUUGCCAAUGGUAUAUGGUAUAAAAAAAAUAAUUUUGUUUGGUUUUCUGGUUUGCCGUGAAAUAUAAUAAGAGUCUUACAUAGAUUGAGUCACAGAAUAAGUAGCUCAUUUGUUUGGAGUAUCAAGCUACUGUUUUCCAUGUAUUGCUUAAUUUGUUUCAGGUAAUGUAAUAAAAGUUGUUAAUUAAUCUAACAUUCUUUUUCCAUUCAAACUGCAACUAUUUAUAUAUUUAUAAAUGUAGAUAUAUAAAUGUUUAAAUGUGAUCUUGUUUAACCCCGGAAGGACCAAACUUCUGGAAUAAAAGGGAAUCAUGACAUGUCACAUAUGUCAUGUGUCCUUAAGGGGUUAAAGUUUAAAGCAGUACUGUCUCUUUAAGUUCUUUCAGCUCCAGCUUUCUAAAACUACUGUAUUUGUAAUGCUGACUGACCCUUUCCCUCUCUAAGCAUACAUGCACAAUAGCACCAUAGAAAUACAGGACUAGCUCAGCUACAAUAACAAACAAAAGACCUAUACAUUGUCCAUACUAGACAGAAAAUCAAGCUUAACGUAACCUUAAAUGUAUGCCGAUAUCAGCACAACCAAGAGAGUAUAUAAAGAAGGUUUUCUCUCUUAGUUUGGCAUUACUGGAUUGUCAUAUUAGCUCUCAUUACAACAUGGUUAAGGUAAGACACUUCUUUAGCUUCCUUUGCAAUUUUGAUAUUAGCAGUAUUUAAAACUUCCAUAUUUAUUUAAAGGGUCAAACAAACUUUAGGGACAACUGUCUCAGUCAAAGGUGUUGCCUUUGAUUGUGACAGUUAAGUCAUUCUGUGGGCAGAAAAAGCAGGUAAAUGUGUGUUUUUUUUCAAUAUUUUAUCUUUUUUUGUUCUCUGGGUUUUUCAUGCCUACCUUAGAGGGUAUACUGAUUCAGCCAAUCAGUGUCUUAUGCCUUUAAAAUGUGAUACUCAAGCACAAUUGAAAGAUCUUGCAAUAUCAUCAGUGUCUUUGUGAGAUCCAAGGAAGCAUACCUAAUGCACAUAAUGUUUAAUCAUGACUGGCACUUCCCCUACUGCCAGUCUAGUGUUAUUUUCACGUAACUUCUUGAACCGUCGGGGAGAGAUUCUGUGUUGCUUGAGAGCAAAGGCGAUAGCUCAUGUUUGCUGCCUGUGAAUGGAGGCAUCUGUGCAUUGUAACAUGUUGCAUUUAUCAGCAUUGCCUCUAUCCUUUCCCAUACCUGCCUCAUGUCCAACUUCCAGCUCAUACUUAGAAGCUAACUGUACCUGUGCCAUCUCAAUGUCUGUCUCCCCCUCACCUACCCGUCCUACCCCAUUCCCACGCUGCCCAUCCUGCUCCACUCCCUGCACCCCCCUCUGACCUUUAAGUGCCCAAACCCGCCACAUGUGUGGGCAGACCCCAACAUUGUGAUGUAUGUAAGAAAGUGGAAAGUUUGGUAAUAGUGCAGCCUUUUUUUUAAACUUAUUUUAUAUGCCUAUUAUUCAUAGAAAGCUUAUAGUAAAUGUUACAGUUCACUUUGCUACCAUGAAACUUGGUUUUGAUAUUUUAAUAUUUUCUUUAAAUGUAGGGGAUAUAGUGAGAACAUGUAAUACUGUGACUACUUCUUUAAUAAACAAUAUAUUACAUAUAAGAUGGAUAAUUGAGAGAAAUCUAAUAAUCACUGAAUAAAUUAAUAUUUUAUUUUUUAUUUAUUUUUCUGAAGAUCAUUUUCUACGAGGACAGAAACUUCCAGGGUCGCUGCUAUGAGUGCACCUCAGAAUGUCCUGACCUGUCCUCUUAUUUCAGUCGCUGCAACUCUAUCCGUGUAGAAAAUGGGAAUUGGAUACUCUAUGAGUACCCCAACUACAAGGGAUAUCAAUAUUACUUGAAGAAAGGAGAGUAUCCUGAUUUUCAGCAUUGGCUGGGUUUCAAUGAUUCCAUCAAAUCAUGUCGUUUCACCCCACAAGUAAGCAUACAUUUUAAUGUCUGAUAGCAACAAUAAAAAAAAAAAAAUAUAUAUAUAUAUAUAUAUAUAUAUAAUAUUGAAAAGUAGAUAUUUGAUAAUGUACAAUAAUGAAUAAUAAUUAUGGAUAAUGAAUGAUAAUGUAUGUUUUUCAUUUUUGUUUAUUAGAUAAAAUGUAGCAUGAAUAUUUUAUUUAAGAGAGGUUUAAACAUAAAAAAGAAAUAGUGAACAUAAUCAUAAACAAAUAUUUAAACUUUUUAUGUGGAGUAUAGAAAGAUUAAAAAAAUAUUUAUUAUAAAAUACAAAAGAAUUUGUCCUGCAGUAUGUUCAUUAAAUAUUGUAUGAUUUGAUCACUUAAUAGCACAGUGGAUCAUUCAAAAUUAAGAUCUACGAGAGAGAAGACUUUAAAGGUCAAAUGAUGGAGUUCUCUGAAGAUUGCCCUCAUGUGUAUGAGAGAUUUCGUUACCAUGACAUCAACUCCUGCAAUGUUCAAGAUGGAUACUGGAUGUUCUAUGAGGAACCAAACUACAAGGGACGCCAGUAUUAUCUGAGACCUGGAGAGUACAGAAGAUACAAUGAUUGGGGUGCUUUGAAUUCAAAAAUUGGUUCAUUCAGGAGACUCCAGUUUCCUUACUAA